UAUUAAAUCAGUGCGUGUCCCGAGCUCUGCGGUUCAGACUGUCUGAGUGACUCUGUCAGCAGAAUUUCGCCCGUGGCAGAAGCCUGUGAUUGGGUCCGAGCGCAGAGCUGCUCUUAACUUUAACAUGCGGCUCAUGAGCGCGCGCAGGAGAACACUGUAGGAUUAUCGGAGAGAAAUAUCGCUCAUCAUCACCUCGCGCUUUCUCAUUGACACGCGCGGGCGAGUGUGUGUGUGCGCGCGCGUGUAUGUGUGCGCGUGUAUGUGUGUGUAUAUGUGCGUGUGUGCGUGUGCGUGUCUGUUUAAGCCUAACUUUUUAAAGGAUGAUAUAUCUUGGAUAUUUCCUGUUUCUUUUUUGUGGGCUCACGCGUACGCGUGUCAUGGCAAGUUACCCGAUAUGGUGGUCUCUGGCGGUGGGACACCAGUACUCGUCUCUGGGUACUCAGCCCAUACUGUGCAGCUCAAUCCCCGGCCUGGUACCCAAACAGCUCCGCUUCUGCCGCAACUAUCUGGAAAUCAUGCCUAGUGUGGCAGAGGGGGUGAAAAUCGGCAUCCAAGAGUGUCAGCAUCAGUUCCGAGGCCGCAGAUGGAAUUGCACAACUAUUAAUGACAACCUGGCCAUCUUUGGACCGGUGCUGGAUAAAGCCACUCGAGAAUCAGCAUUUGUCCAUGCAAUUGCCUCAGCGGGGGUAGCGUUCGCUGUGACGCGGGCUUGCUCCGAGGGCUCCGUCACCAUCUGUGGCUGUGACACGCGGAGGAAAGGACCACCAGGCGAGGGCUGGAAGUGGGGCGGCUGCAGUGAGGACGUGGAGUUUGGCAGUAUGGUAUCCCGAGAGUUUGCUGAUGCUCGUGAGAAUCGGCCAGACGCUCGCUCAGCUAUGAAUCGACACAACAACGAAGCUGGACGUGUGUCAAUCACAGACCACAUGUACCUGAAAUGUAAGUGUCACGGCCUUUCGGGAAGCUGCGAGGUGAAAACCUGCUGGUGGUCGCAGCCUGACUUUCGGGUGAUAGGCGACUACAUGAAGGACAAGUAUGACAGCUCAUCAGAAAUGGUGGUGGAGAAACAUCGGGAAUCACGAGGCUGGGUCGAGACCUUACGACCAAAGUACACCUUCUUCAAGCCCCCUACCGAAACUGACCUGGUCUACUAUGAAAGUUCGCCAAACUUCUGUGAACCCAACCCAGAAACCGGCUCCUUCGGCACCCGUGACCGUAUAUGUAACCUGACAUCACACGGUAUUGAUGGCUGCGACUUGCUCUGUUGCGGCCGAGGCCACAACACUCGAACUGAGAAACGCAAGGAGAAAUGCCACUGCAUUUUUCACUGGUGCUGCUACGUGAGUUGCCAGGAGUGUACGCGAGUUUAUGAUGUCCACACCUGCAAGUAAGAAACCAACAAAACCACACUGAACCAGACAUUUGGGGUUGUAAACAUGCGAUAACCUUCUAUCCAAAACUUGUGGACUGAGUUGAAUUGAGUUGUUUGUGGUUUUACUAAUAAGAUAAUCACAAGAAAGGGAUACAGUGGACAUUGAAGUAAUUCUAGAACACCUUCAAAGAAAGCUGUUUCAACAGACACAAAGAAAAACCCAUAAAGGCUUUGUUCCCCAUUGUUGAGGACAUAUACAGGCUUGUGGCUCAGCUCUGGAAGGUACUUAUCGUUUCCAGUCUGAUACAGGAGGGGAUAAGUGAUGGAUCAGAUUACUAGAGACUCAGGCCCUUGGGACCUUGACCAAUUGUGUCUCCAAGAAAAGAGAAGAAACCUUACAAAGGGAGAGGGUUUGUCGACACGUGGCAGCAAACUCAGACGGGACAACUCUGUAACAACAAAGGCAGCGCAAACUGAAUACCAGGGUUUACCCACAAGCGCCUCUGAAAUGUGGUGAUAGUUGCAUUAUUAAUGAUAUCCUUACUACUAACACCAUUAAAGAAGCUAUUUGUAUCUUUUUAAUACAAAGUGCAUUCCUGAAUACCAGCAAACAACUGAUUAACCAAUUCUUUAAUGACAUAUAAUACACUUUACGUUGUCUCUGUGUGCAAGACCAAACACUGAACUUACAUAUUAGGUUGAGUUUAUUGUAAGUUACUAACAUUAGGUUACGAAUGCACUUGUAUCUGAGUGAAUGUCCAUGCAUUGUGUCUAUGUCACUGUUUUCUUGAAAUGAUUUAAGAUUUUGUUGCAAGUAUCAAGACCUAUUCUAGAUCAUGUUUUUUAGAGUGCUGUUGCACUUGGGUUUAAUUGCUUGGUCCAAACCAGAGUUCUGUUGCUUCCCCUUUUCCCUGACCCUUCUGGGUUGUAUUCACACUGUAUUUUUGGGUCCAAACCAUGGUUAACAUAUGUAAUCAAAGCAGCAGCAGCUGUUCACCCUCUUGCUAGAUGCCUCACGCAGGAGAAGGCUGCGAAAUGGACAGCCUUUCUCAGUUUUGUACUUUGUGUUUUUAACCCUUGGGCUUCUUUCCGAAGAGUCAACACGGAGCGGCACUUGCGUUUGUCUGCGCGAAUGUAUUGCAAAGUUUCCAAAGAACAUCUUCUUACCGUGCAUCAGGAAAGUGAGUCAGCCACUAAUCUAUAUUCUUUAUUUUAGAUCGGCGCACACACAAGCACAUCAUUUGACUAUAAUAUGCCACCAAUUUAUGAUGAUUGCAUUCAUAUCUGCAGUCAGUUUAACUUGUGGGCUUGUGUUUGGUUCAAAUUCAAAUUUAAGUAUCCACAGAAAACUGUGUUCACAUCAUCCAAUCAAGCUGAAAUCUGACUUCAAACUAACCCAGUCGUGCACCAGAAGUGCUAGUGUGAAAGCACCCAGUUUUCCCCAAAGAUCAAUAAUCUAUUCAAGCUAAAACAAAUAGAUGUGAGCACUUCUAUCUUGAAACAUUCAUUUGCCUUAUUUGUGUGUGACAGUAUUAUUGAUAUUUCACAAACAGAGAGGUCCAUAACAUUUCAAAAUGAAUAUAGGUAAUUGUACCUUUAUUCAGUAGCUGAAACACUGUUCAUUUUUAAGUCACUUUGGAUAAAAGCAUCUGCUAAAUAAAUAAUAUCAAUGUACAUGCAGGGCCCAAAAUUAACAUUUGCCAGGUGUCUUCAGUGCAAGUAUAUUAUAAAUGAAUAUAAUCAUCAUUGUCAUCAUGACUGGUAUAUUUUCUCAACUCACCCAUAUUUGACAGAUGGUGAAAAGUCUUUUUUGUAAUUAUUAUUUUUCAUUUAUUGAUUUUUAUUUUUGUUGGGUAAAAGGUUAAUUUUGGACCCUGUUUCUGCUAUGACAAAAUGAAUUAUUUAGUUUGAAUUCACAAUUGUAACACUCAAGUAUUUUUCACGUUUGCCAUUAAUAGCCAUUAUAUGUGAAUUCAUGACCAAAAUUAAUGUUUUUUUAUUCUAAUUUUUCCUACCCAGUUAGCAGCAGUACAGAAACUAAAUGAACUACUCUCAUUUAUAAUGCUGCUAACUAAUAACAGGUUUGUUGUUAUAUUUAUGCGUGAUAUUGUGCUUGUGCAUUUGUGUUUCUCUGUGUAAAUCUACUGUAUGUGUCUUGGUGUUUGUAUGUAAAUGUGUCUGUAUAUGUGCAUGACUCUUUGUUUUCUUCUUUCUGUGAAAGACACUGUGUAAGCGUAGUUAAGAACUAAAAUGUGAAGUUUUCUACUAAUGGAAUCUUGAUAGAAAGUUUGUGUUCGUUAACCAAAUAGAGAUAUUCUAACACUUCUGUGAGUCCUUUUGAACAAUAGAUUAUAAAAGAUGCAAUGUAUGAAAAUUAAAAUGCAUACUGUGUUAUUAAAAGCCAUGCUAUAUUUUGACUAAGUAGCAUGGAAAAAUUACAUUCAACCAGUUUUCUGAAGAAAAUAAAUACUGUCUAUUCGCCAUUAUUGAUGUUACAGUUAACUAGUAAACAUACAGGAGAUGAACUAUUAGUCGAUCUAAUAUUGCAAGGAAAUGUGAAAAGGCAAAGAUAAAACCCCAGCUUGUAAAAUUCUUUGGCAGAAGUUCUUUUCGCAGAUAUUUCCUCAAAGAAAAUGAACUCAUGUUUCCUCUUGCCCAUCUCACACUGAUUUAAUCUCUCAUCAAUCAGGGAUCAUUUCAAAGCACAUGCCCUAUUCAGCGUUCAACAAUGCUUUAUUUAACAGUGAUUCGCCCCUAACUACAAAAAAACAAUACUUGAUGUUUUUAUGUGUACAUCACUGCAUCUGAAUUUCGAUUGUUUGCUUCCACACAGUUCAAUUUGUAUUCUUAUCAUGGUCUUAAAUUCCAAAGUUUUGUAUGGACUAGUUCUGUGUUUAAGGAUUUCUGGAAGUUUUGGAUUUUUUUAUGAUUAUUUAUUUUACUGUAAUGUGUAUAUAUUAGCAAGAGUAUAUAUUUGCUGACAAAAGACUAUUACUUGUGAGGAAAAUGUUGUUUUGUGUUGUUGCUUAUUUUUCCACUGACCACAUAGGAUGCACUGUAUGUCCUGCUCUCUGUUAUUAGAAUUCUAGCUGUUAAUGUUAUAACCGAAUUAAAUAAAAUAAAAAUAUGCCUCUGUCAUUGA